AUGUCUCCCUCUGGCUCUUUAGACGGUGACUUACGAGUCGAUUUGACUCCUGUUCAAAACCACAUGCCACAUGAACGUCGCGAGAUAACAGAAACCUUGCGAAAAGCCCAGCUUGGCCAGACCCUGGCGCCUGAAAAACUCAACAAUAAUUACAACUACCUGGGCAGCAAGGAUAAUUCGACGCCGUUGUCGUUUGCGUCGGCCAACAAGACACCAGUGUCGAUCUUGAAAAAUUCGUCGCUCAGCCCGGACCGCAAGUCUGUUAGUGAGGACUUUGUCAACUCGCAGCCCGGGCUCCGAAUGUCCAAGACCCAGGACGGCCACUUGAACCCGGUCAAGGGCGCCUACAACGUGUUUGAUAAACGAUUUCCCACGUCAGGAUCGCCCAUGAACCUUACAAACAGGAAAAGAAGACGUCUUUCAAACACAAACCCCCGUCCAUCGCUCGAAACCAACAAAUCAACAAUCCUGCAACAAGCGGCCCCAAAACAGCAGAAAUCGUACUCCAAGCUGGUCUACACGCUUCUCUCAGACCCGCAAUGCGCAUCGAACCUCACUCUGGUGGUCCAGAUUCUUCUCAACACCCUGGUUUUUGUGUCGUUCGCUACUAUGGUGUUGUUUUCGUUCCUGGCAAUCAAACACGAUGCCGACCGCAAGAUCCAAGGAUACUCCAACAAACUCAUGCACGAGAUCUCUCUGUGCAAACGAGAAUACUUCAGAAACAACUGUUCUCCCGAACUGCGUGUUCCAGCAUUGGAAGAACCCUGCAACGAAUGGGAUAACUGCAUGAACAGAGAUCCCGAAUCAGUGAUCACCACGGUUGCCUACUUUGAGAUCAUGGCCGACUGUAUGAACGCGUUCUUCCACAACCUGAGUUUCCGGACGCUUUUCGGACUCAUCUUGUUGAUCCUGUUCUUGGUUCUUGUUCCAAACGUGUUGUUCAACAAAUUCAGGUCUUCCAAAACUACAACAACCAACAAUUACUACACAUUCAAUCCGGACCAGUCCAAUGCAAAUGCGUCGCAAAUAUCGCAGAUGUCUCCACUGCGGUCGCCAACACGGUCUCCACAACGCAUUUUGGACUCUUCUGUCUACUUCACUCCUCCGGCAGCGCUGCUAUUACGAGAUGACAGUGCCAAAGUGACCGGAUCGAGCGUCAGAUUCGAUACGAACGUUAGUUAUCAUGAAAUCCCGGGACUGGAGGCCAGUCCUCUAAGUCGCUGGAGGCCGGGAAAAGUCCUGGUGGAGGAGGAGUGGCUGUGCUUGGUUUAUCUAGACGCAGAGCCUUCAGUUUCUGUUCCUGAAGGAGCUGUUGUUGUAGAAAUUGCUGUGCAGAUUGCUUUCCGGCUUGAAGAAUGCUGUUUUGAUAUCUCUGUGGCUGAGGCUGGUAGAAUUGUUGUGAAGGUUGUGCUGCUUGCACAGGCUUGGCAGCCUCAGGAGAAACAGACGACUUUUGGUGUUUUCACUGGUCUUUGCAACAGAGCAUCGCCCAAAGAUGGGAAGGCAGAAAGUCCGCCAGGAACAGGAAGGUCGUUGAUGGAGGAUGGACCAAGGCUCGACUGGGACUGGACUUUGGCCCACGAGGCCGUUGGAGGAAGAGCAGGCAUGUUUUCGUCGUCGUGGGCAGAAGCAGGAGCGGGCGACGGAGUAGGAACCGCAGACACCGGUUCUGGGGAGGGUUGUUCUUCGUGGUGA